AUGCGGGUGCGUCGGUGGGCAAUCGUGUGGGUGGGCAAGCAGAUGGGUGGGCAAGCGGAUGGCUGGGCAAGUGGAUGGGUGGGUUGGCAAGCUGAUGGAUUGGCGGGAAAGCGGGUGGGUGGGCGGGCAAGAGGGUGGGUGUGCAAGAAGGUGGGUGGAUUGGCAAGACGGUGGGUGGUUGGGCAAGAGGGUAGCACUUCUUCCGGAAGAACAACAUUGCUUAACCUUCUGCUUGGUGAACCACUGCUUCCCACAGGUCACAAUGCUACGACCUCCAUGCUUUGUGAAGUGAGAUACGGCGAAAAAAAACAGGCUAUUGCUCAUUACAGACAAGUCGAUGACAAAGAAACUGAAAAAUUGCUUGAUCUAACUACCUCAGAACACCAAGAAAAUCUUCGUAGAAUUAUUACUUCUAAACCAAUCAGCAGUGGUCAACUUCAAGUAACAUCAGCUGAAAAAGAGGACAUUUCUGACAACGAUGAUAGGAAUGGUAGAUGCGUACGAUUAGAAAUCAUGUGGCCCCUGGAGUUUCUAAAAAACGUUACACUGAUUGAUAGUCCAGGAACGACAGAAGAUGAUCCAGAAAAUUGCGAUGUUAGAGAGAUGACGGAGAAGGUUCAAAGAGAUGUCGCUUGUGGCUUUAUUUACGUGUUGGACGGAAGUCAAUCUGCACAAGAAGCAGCGAAAGUGAGGCGCAUUCAAUGCACAUUGUAA